GAUGCUCCAUUAAACUACAUGCAAACCGGCAGCCUUCAGUCUAUAGUAUAAAACUUAAAAACAGAGACAUCAUCAAGCAGUCAUACUGAUCACACAGUCGCCUCUAACACAGUAAUCAACAACCCCACUGAGGAAUCGAUUUAUGGAACUCAAGUUCUGCCCCACAUCCCGUCCAUCAUGUGGCAUCAUGAUCAAUGGCCUGUUCUAAAGAGCAACUGACCUGGAAAGUUAACCAGGACUCUUGUUAGACUCUACCAGAACACAUAUGGAGGGUUUGGUCACUAUGUCUCCACCAGCAAGACUGCAUUUUCACUUUUGACAGGUGUCUCCAUAUUCAGAAAACGGGCGGUGCAUCUGCAUGUUUUAAUAGCUGUAUGCAUUUGUUCCUGCAGAGCCGAGAGAGUGUUUGAGAAAGUGUGUCACCCUCACAGAGUUCAGCCACUCGUCAUGGGAGGUAAAUGCAUUUAGGGCAACUGUGCAAGAGAGGACUAGGGCGUGAAAGCUAUCGAAAUCUGGCCAGCCCAGCUCAUCAUGGUCCAGUUUUCUAUGCACACCAAUAAUGGAGGCGAAAAUGCAAAACGGCUCAUCGAAAACAGGACGAGGGGUUACAGUCAAUGGGACUGUGUCCACCCUGAAGAGGCAGCCGAGGCCCAAGACUGCGUCAGGCAGGCAGGAACGUGGCUCCUGUUCUUCAACAGCCUCUUGUCCAGUGUUCUCUGGAUGCCAGAGCGACCUGGACGAAGAGCUGCAGCCACGCUGUCCAUCCAGCCUUUCCUCACCCUCCCUGCACAGGCCUGGUUCCACCUCCAAUCUGAAGGGCUCCGUCUCCAGCCUGCAAGGUUCCUUGUCAAGCCUAAAGGGUUCGGUGGUAAGCCUCAAGAGCUUUCCUACCUCCUCGACACUGCAGAGCUCCAGUCUCAGCCUGCGGAGUUCCAGCCCGAGCCUCCGGAGCUCCAGCUCCAGCCAGCGCAGCUCCAGUGAGGACGACAGCUGGGACACCAACAGCUGGAGCUCCGGAGCCACAUGUCUGCUGCGCAGCUCUAUUAAGCAGCACAGCGAGGAGGUUUUCCGGGUACGUGCUGUCUCUGUGAGUCGACCUGAGGGCACGAGUGAUUCCGAGACAGGCUACCAGAACUCCGACAGCUGCCAGGGCAGUGUGGUGGGAUCGGAGAGCCAGGACGGAGCGGAGCAGGUCGAUGUGGGGCGGAGAGAUUCGUCAUCAAGUCAGGGCACCUCUGUUGCUUCAACCACAUCAUCCAACUUAGAGCAGAAGAUUGAAGAGAAGCUCAAGUUUUCUCAGUUUCUUGAUGAGGUUACAUGUAGGGUCCUGGAACCCGAGUGUCUACAAGCUUUCGGUGUGCCCAUUCGUCAGAAGGAGUCGCCUUGUCCACAAACAUCAUCUCCCCAAUGCCUAAACUUAACCCCAGUUUCCAGUCCUUGGUUUGGUUCCAGUAGGGAUUCUACCUGUAAUUCCAGGGACAGUAAUGUGUACAAGUGGGCCAAGUGCAUGCCAAGCUGCAAGAUUCUGGAUGCCAGUGAAACCCUGAGAAGAACUCAAGAGGAAAUGGAAAUGUUAGGAAGGACCUACCUAGAGACUGACAUAGACAGAGUAAGGAGGGAAGAUGAAGUGAGUUCCACACAUCUACGAGACGUGGAGAAGAGAACUUUACAGACGAGUGGAAAAUCUUCUUGCGGAUGCCCGAGUCCUGUUUUAAAGCGCUCAGACGGGGCACCGCAGCCACCGCACCGCACCACCUCGCUCCCGAGACCUGCUGUGAGUGGCAUCAUGGUCUCUGAUGGAAACGCGAGCAGCAGCAGCUCGCUGCAGGAGCAGAAGGAGGAUCUGCGCAGGCGUCUCGACUGCACCACACACAAACUGCAGCAGCUGCAGAGUGAGAGCGAGUCGACGCGGCAGUAUCUGGAGACGGAGCUGCGACGAGCUCAAGACCAACUGGACAAAUUCACAGAGAAGCUGCGCAGGAUUCAGAGCAGCUAUGCAGCUCUGCAGAGAAUAAACCAGGACAUGGAGGAGAAAAUCCACCGAAUGACUCAACAUCACGAAGAGGAGAAGAGAUCUCUGAAUCGAGAGAUCGUCACACUGAAAAACCACCUGAUGGAGGACAAGAUCACCAUCCAGAAGCUGCGAGAGGAUAACGAUCUGUACAGGAAAGACUGUAAUCUGGCGGCUCAACUGCUCCAGUGUGGAAAAUCUCCUUACAGAGCGCACAAACUGUCCGAGCUUCCCGCUGAUCUUCAGGAGCGAGUGAGCUCCCACAUGGAGCAGCAGGGUCGCGGCCGGAGCGCAGCGCUGCAUCACUCCUUCUCAGACGCUGUUCCCACCGCCGUCAUCGGCCGGGUCCUGGAGAAACCUGAGCCUGGGAGAAGCUGUCCGGUCACACGCUCGCCGAGCCCGCAAGCCCCAGAAUUCCCAUCUGGCACAGACAACAAAGUCCAGUGGCACACGGCGUAUAAGUCAUCUGACCUGUACUGCAGUGACACGGCGCUGUACUGUCCCUCUGAUGAGCGGCGGCGCGACCGCUGGCCGGAGAGACGGCAGAGCGCGGACCAGAGCGGACGGAUCCGAGGACACACAUCCACUGACAGCAACCUGGACGAUGAGAGCUUCCACCUGCAUGAAGACCCUUUCCGUGGGUUCGUCCUCGGAUCUCUUCCCUCCUCCAGCCGUUAUUCCAGCUGCAGCACAGCCUCAGAUGAGAAGGAUCACGUGAUGUCCUCCUCCCAGCAGGCUUUGUUCACUGACUGGCGUGAGCGCAAGAACUUAUCCUCAUAUGGAAAGGAACGUCCAGGUUUUCCCAAGUCAAGCAGCUCCCAGCAUGUGGGCUCACAGAACGGCCGAUCCGGAGACAGACGCGUCCACGUCCCUGCGGACCCAACGGACGGCUGGCGGCAGAUGAGCAUGGAGGACAUCAGCAGCUUCUCGCCCUUCAGUUUCCCAGAGCGCCACUUCACGCUCGGUCCUGCCAUGAUCAAAGCAGAUCCUCUUUACAGCAGCUUCCAGGAGGAAGACAACAUCUUCCGCAGGCGCGUGCCGGAUCCACGAUUCCCUGCGUCGGUGGGAUCGAGUCCUGCGCUGUACCCAAAGAUGAGUCCGAAUGCGUUGAAGGCCGAGAGAGGACUGAUGUUUCGCUCAAAGGGUUCGACAAGCAGCUUUUUCAUAACUGAAAACACCAAAGACAAGGAGAACACGACUAAAGACGCUUUACAGAGAGAUUACGCUGAGGAAAGUCCCGGCAGUUCAGUGGAGUCACUAAACCAGGGUCUGGACGUCCAGAAAUACAAAGAUCUUCAAAACCCUGGAGCUCAGAAAAUGAUGCCACAGCAUCAGAAGUUUGGAAACGCUGGACUCAGUCGCAAAAACAGUCUGACUAAAGCUCAGCUUUAUGGAACGCUGCUUAACUAAUAAUCAGUCAAAUGUACUGCAGCAAAAUAAAGAACAAUAUGUGAACAUACAGGUCAUGUUGAGUUUUACUGGAUAGUGGAAAGAGUCUUGGUUGAUUUUACACCUGAAGUAUGUGUUUCCAAAGACUUGUACUGUCUCUUCAGCCUCUUAUCUGUCAUUGGUCGUUCUGACAGAUUGUCCCGCCCCAAACUCACCUGAUUGGUUCAGUCAGAAGUUGUCA